AUGCUCCUCACCGGUCCGAACAUGGGGGGUAAGUCGACGCUCCUGAGGGCGACGUGCGUCGCCGUCGUCUUGGCGCAGAUGGGCGCUCCCGUGCCUGCGAGAUCGUGCGUCCUCACCCCGGCGGAUGCCGUGUUCGCCAGGCUCGGCGGCGCCGGCGACAGGAUCCACGCCGGCGAGUCCACGUUCUUGGUGGAGUGCGCCGAGGCGUCGGCGAUCCUUCGGGGCGCCACGAGGGAUUCGAUCGUCGCGUUGGACGAGCUGGGACGGGGCACGUCCACGUUCGACGGC